AUGGGUGAAGAAAUAAAAGCCUUAGCCGAUAAAAAAAGUACUCAAGCCCAAUCAACUGAAUCAGCACCGAAAAAUGGAAUUCAUACUAAAUUUAGCACCUUAGACGGCAUAAGUAGCCCAAGCGAUUAUGUUGAAAGUGCUAAAAAAAAGGGUUAUGCUUCAUUGGGAGUAACCGACCAUUAUAAUGUCCAAUCUUUUCCUGAAUUCAGCAAACAUCAAAGCAGUAAUUUGAAAAUUAUCUAUGGAUGUGAACUAGAAGUAUUAGCAGAUAAAUUACCUCCCUAUAUUUUCAAUCACGACAGCAAAAUUUUAGAGGAAAAAAUAGGAGAAUUAACCUAUUGCGUUUUUGAUUUGGAAACUACUGGAUUUUUCUCAUCCUACAACGAAAUAAUUGAAAUAGGAUAUGUUAUUUAUAAAAAAGGAGAAAUUAUUCUUUUGCCGGAACGAAAAUCUUAUAGUUUAGAAAAACUAAGUCAUGUUCCGGGGCGGGAAAAGGUGGUUCAGGCUCACCGAGCCUUGGAAGAUAGUAAAUUGUUAGCCGAGUUAUUAGGAAAUUCCUUUAAUUCUGUUGAAAGAAAAAGAAAGGCGAUGAAAUUUUAUGAUUAUAUUGAGGCAAGUAGUCCAAAUAGUUUUCGUCACUUAUGGUUAAAUGGGAGAAUUAGAGAAAAUGAAUUAAAAGCGAUGAUUUUGAAUAUUAUUAAUAUGGCAAAAGAAAUUAAUGUUCCGACUAUUGCUUAUCACAAUGUUCAUUACUGCGAAAAGAAGAGAAAUAUUCUAAAAGAGAUUAUUGUGGCUAAUGAAGGAAUGAAUGGAUAUCCUCAACAGAUAGCAAAGAGAAUAGAGGAAGUUAGGAUUCAGCAGCCCCCACUCGACUACUCAAAUACCGAAAGUAUUAAGCAGGAGGAAAAUGAUUUAAUUCAAGCCUAUACUCAGAGGGCUAACAAAAUUUUUGAAGGAGAAAAAACUCCUGAUAUUGACCUUAAUUUUUCCGGUGAAUAUCAAAAGGUUGCUCAUAAUUAUGUGCGGGAAUUGUUGGGAAAAGAUUCAGUCUAUCGAAUUGGAACCAUUAAUGCUUUGUCACAACAAACAGCCGAGAUUUUUUGGAGGGAGCAUCUUAGAUUAAGAUUAAAAAUUAACCCUGAUUUUAGUGAGAAUAAGUGA